CGAGGAAAAGACCGCCUUUUAAUCGUUUUGGCUUGAUUUACACACUCAGCUUUCUGUCUCUCGGUGACCAGUCUUUACGAUGACGGCCAAAGCGGCAGACGAGCUUUCAAAGCUCGCUAUCAAUGGCGCUGGUACGGAUCCCAAAUCACAGACCAACGGCACAAACGGCACGAAUGGCCAUUUAUCAGAUCAGGACGAGUCGGACGACGACAAAGACGAUGAUGCGGUCGCCGCAGGUGGCGCCAACGGUAACACCGCCAAUGGCGCUGCCAAAAAGAAGAAGAAAAAGAAACCAAAGAAGAAGAAGCCCGGUGUUGCCAAAGUCCAGUCUGACCCUCCUCGUGUGCUCGUCAGUCAACUGUUCCCGAACGAGUACCCGGUAGGUGAGGAAGUGGAAUACAAGAAUGACAAUGCAUACCGGACAACGAACGAAGAGAAGCGUCAUCUUGACAGGAUGAACAACGAUUUCCUUCAGGAGUACCGACAAGGUGCCGAAGUUCACCGGCAGGUGCGCAAGUGGGCACAGGCAAACAUUAAACCCGGUCAGACAUUGACAGAGAUCGCGGAAGGUAUCGAGAACGGCACUCGCGCUCUUACCGGACAUUGGGGUCUGGAAGAAGGUGACAACAUCAAAGGAGGCGUGGGUUUCCCGACAGGCCUGAGCAUCAACCACAUCGCGGCUCAUUAUACGCCUAAUGCUGGUAACAAAUGGGUGCUGGGCGAACAGGAUGUGAUGAAAGUCGAUUUCGGCGUGCACGUGAAUGGACGCAUCGUGGACUCUGCAUUCACCAUGACAUUCGAUCCAAAGUACGACAAUCUUCUGGCUGCAGUCAAGGACGCUACGAACACGGGCAUUCGCGAGGCCGGUAUCGACGUGCGAGUGUGUGAUAUUGGUGCCGCCAUUCAAGAGGCUAUGGAGUCGUAUGAACUUGAAUUGGAUGGCAAGACGUACCCAAUCAAAUCCAUCCGCAACCUGAAUGGACAUGACAUCGUGCAGCACAGUAUCCACGGCGGGAAAUCGGUGCCCAUCGUCAAGGGCGGCGAUCAGACGAAAAUGGAGGAAGGAGAGAUUUUUGCUAUCGAGACUUUCGGAUCCACCGGCCGCGGUCAGGUCGUGGAUGAUCUCGAAGUCUCCCAUUAUGCUUUACGUCCGGACGCGCCAAACACGGCUCUGCGUGUGCAGAGUGCGCGGUCGCUACUGAAUGUCAUCAAGAAGAACUUCGGUACACUUCCGUGGUGUCGGCGGUAUCUCGACCGAUUGGGACAGGACAAAUACUUGCUCGGCUUGAAUAACCUGGUUCAGUCAGGGAUCGUGGAGGCGUAUCCUCCGUUGGUGGAUAUCAAAGGAAGCUACACUGCUCAAUUUGAGCAUACGAUUUUGCUGAGACCAACGGUCAAGGAGGUCGUUAGCCGUGGUGAUGAUUACUAGGUUGCCUUCUUCAAGAGAGGUGUCUGAAAUCGCGAAGUCGACUUCUGACAGACUCACUCAUACGAUGAGAAUCUUUGACCUCAGAGCCCAGGGCUUAUGAUAAAUGAAAAUGCAUUUGUACCAGAAA